GCUGUCACGUCGCGCUCCAGCGGUUCGGGGAAGCGGUGGGAACUCUGCGCUCUCCAAAUCAGCCCGCCUCGCCGGGCAUCUCCCUCCCCUUCCCCUAGAAUAACGACCCAGCCUCGACCAGCCCUGCUGCUUUCCGACCGCUAGUUUUGUUUAUGGAACCCGCCGAGGCUUUGGGCGAUCUGCGGUGGCCCGGCUCUCGCUAGGUUUGGGGAGGGAGGGGGCAGCGUUCACGGCCCCCCGGUGUGUCCGAGACUGUUAGAUCAGAUCUUUCGGAUCCGGAGGCAGAGGCAGCGGUGACAGGAGGGCCCCCCCCCCCCCACCACCACCACCCGCGGGUUGGGGGUGGGGAGAGGAAAAGGGACUGGGCUCGGGGAAGGAGGCAGGCAGGCAGCUGCAGUGCCGGGAGGGGUGCGCGCGCGUGUGCCGGGCUCGCCCGCCGCCUCCCGGCUCAGUCUGCGCUCCUCGGCACGCGGGGCUGCCGGGGCCGGCGGGUCGGGGAGCAGGAGCAGCGCCCUCCCCGGGGGCGCCCGGCGGUGCCCGGGCCGCGUUCCCCACCCCCGCCCCUCGCACCCGGUCCGGCCCCCUCUCCAUUGAGUUUUCCCGACACCGGCGCCCAUCAAUGGUCCUGCCCGGGGAUGCACACGCAGCCUGCGGCCGGAGGGGGGUAGCAGCCGCCGCUUCCAGGUGCGGGCUCUCCCGGGUCGUCGCCGCCACCCGUCGUCGCCGCCACCCGAGCCCCGGGGCGCGCUGAGGUCCCGGCCCGGCCAUGGGGCUGCCGAGGCUGCCGCUGCUGCUGGCGUGACAAGGGGCGACGGAGCCACCGCGCUCGGGGUCCCCGGCUGCCUGCAUGGAUGUCUUCAGCUUUGUGAAGAUUGCAAAGCUCUCGAGAUCCUCUUCUGAAAUGCACCCCUUCACAAGGGUAUCCAGCCACAGGACGAAGUCUUCAGGCUGGCCACCUCCCUCGGGAACCUGGGGCUUGAACCAGGUACCACCCUAUGGAUGGGAGAUGACGGCAAACCGGGAUGGCCGAGACUGCUUCAUCAAUCACAUGACACAAGCAAUCCCAUUUGAUGACCCUCGGCUGGAGAGCUGCCCAAUCAUCCCUCCAGCCCCACGGAGGGUGGAGAUGAGGAGGGACCCUGUGCUGGGGUUUGGUUUCGUGGCAGGGAGUGAGAAGCCUGUGGUCGUCCGCUCAGUAACACCAGGUGGCCCGUCUGAAGGCAAGCUGAUCCCGGGAGAUCAGAUUGUAAUGAUCAACGAUGAGGCAGUCAGCGCCGCACCAAGGGAGCGAGUCAUCGACUUAGUCAGAAGCUGCAAAGAGUCGAUACUCCUCACUGUUAUUCAGCCUUACCCUUCUCCCAAAUCAGCAUUUAUUAGCGCUGCAAAAAAGGCAAGAUUAAAGUCCAAUCCAGUCAAAGUACGGUUCUCCGAGGAGGUCAUCAUCAAUGGCCAAGUGUCGGAAACUGUUAAGGAUAAUUCACUUCUUUUUAUGCCAAAUGUCCUGAAAGUCUAUCUGGAAAAUGGGCAAACCAAAUCAUUUCGCUUUGACUCCAGCACCUCCAUAAAGGAUGUCAUCUUAACCCUUCAAGAGAAGCUCUCCAUCAAAGGCAUCGAACAUUUCUCCCUCAUGCUGGAGCAGAGGACGGAAGGGGCCGGAACGAAGCUCCUUUUGCUUCAUGAACAGGAGACCCUAACUCAGGUGACCCAGAGGCCCAGCUCCCAUAAGAUGAGAUGUCUUUUCCGAAUCAGCUUUGUCCCAAAGGAUCCAAUUGACCUUUUAAGGCGAGAUCCAGUUGCUUUUGAGUAUCUGUACGUUCAGAGUUGUAACGAUGUCGUUCAGGAGAGGUUUGGGCCGGAGCUGAAAUAUGACAUAGCCCUGAGGCUGGCAGCGCUGCAAAUGUACAUCGCAACCGUGACCACCAAGCAAACGCAGAAAAUCUCCCUCAAGUACAUCGAAAAAGAAUGGGGAUUAGAGACUUUUCUUCCCUCUGCUGUGCUGCAAAGCAUGAAAGAGAAGAACAUAAAGAAAGCACUUUCACACCUUGUCAAAGCAAAUCAAAACUUGGUACCACCCGGUAAAAAGCUCUCCGCACUGCAAGCCAAGGUCCAUUAUCUCAAGUUCCUCAGUGACCUCCGACUGUAUGGGGGCCGUGUGUUCAAGGCAACAUUAGUGCAGGCGGAAAAGCGCUCGGAAGUGACCCUCUUGGUGGGACCCCGCUAUGGCAUAAGCCACGUCAUAAACACCAAAACCAACCUGGUGGCUCUUUUAGCUGACUUCAGCCAUGUCAACAGGAUCGAGAUGUUUACUGAAGAGGAGAGCUUGGUGAGGGUGGAGCUCCAUGUGCUGGAUGUGAAGCCCAUCACGCUCCUGAUGGAGUCUUCGGACGCCAUGAACCUGGCCUGCUUAACGGCUGGAUACUACCGUCUGCUUGUGGAUUCCAGGAGGUCAAUAUUUAACAUGGCCAACAAGAAAAACGCAGGGACCCAGGACACAGGAACUGAAAAUAAAGGAAAGCACAACAUGCUUGGUCCCGAGUGGAACUGUAUACCCCAAAUGACCACCUUCAUUGGCGAAGAGGAGCAGGAAGCGCAGAUAACAUACAUAGAUGCAAAGCAGAAGGCAGUUGAGAUUCCGGAUGGCACCUUGUGUCCAAAAGACCACCACCGGCACUUGUAUGUGGACAACAGCUAUAACUCAGAUGAGCUGACCCAGCAGCUGACCCAGCCGGGUGAGGCUCCGUGUGAGGCAGACUACAGAAGUCUAGCUCAGCGGUCCCUGCUGACCCUCUCAGGCCCAGAAACUCUUAAGAAAGCACAGGAGUCUCCGAGAGGAGCCAAAGUGUCCUUUAUUUUUGGAGAUCUCGCCUUGGAUGAGGGGGUCACUGCCCCCACCCUUGGCUACGAAAGGCUAUUGGACGAGAGUCCAGAACUGCUGGAGAAGCAGAGCAAUCUCUACAUAAGCGGUGCCAACGACAUGAAGAGCCUGGGUCUCACUCCAGACGCAGAGAGCAUCCAGUUCGUGGCCAAUUCUGUGUACGCAAACAUAGGCGACGUGAAGAACUUCGAGGCCGCCGAGGGCAUAGAGGAGCCCCUGCUGCACGACAUCUGUUACGCCGAGAACACGGAUGACGCGGAGGACGAGGAUGAGGUAAGCUGUGAGGAGGACCUCGUGGUGGGAGAGAUGAACCAGCCAGCCAUCCUCAACCUAUCCGGCUCAAGCGAUGACAUCAUCGACCUCACGUCCCUGCCCCCUCCCGAAGGGGACGACAAUGAGGAUGACUUCCUGUUGCGUUCCUUGAACAUGGCCAUCGCCGCACCACCCCCUGGCUUCAGAGAUAGUUCCGACGAGGAGGACUCUCAGAGCCAGGCCGCUUCCUUCCUCGAAGACAAGGGGCCCAGCGGCACCCUGCAGGACGACGAGAUCCCCGUGUCCCUCAUCGACGCUGUGCCCACCAGCACCGAGGGCAAGUGUGACAAGGGCCUGGAUAACACCGGCGUUUCCACGCUGGACACUCUGGAAGCUCUGUCCGUGUCAGAAGAUCCGCAGACCAGUGACAAUUCAGGUGUAGCCAUCUUGCGGGCUUAUAGUCCCGAGUCCUCCUCUGACUCGGGCAAUGAGACUAACUCUUCUGAAAUGACGGAGAGUUCUGAACUGGCCACGGCCCAGAAGCAGUCAGAAAACCUCUCCCGCAUGUUCUUGGCCACUCAUGAAGGCUACCACCCCCUGGCGGAAGAGCAGACAGAGUUCCCCGCCUCCAAAAGCCCUGCUGGGGGCUUGCCCCCAAAGGCCUCCCACAGUCUGGCCGCCCGUCCGGUGAGUGACCUGCCGCCCAAAGUUGUGCCUUCCAAGCAGAUGCUUCACUCAGACCACAUGGAGAUGGAGCCCGAAACCAUGGAGACCAAGUCAGUCACUGACUAUUUUGGCAAACUGCACCUUGGACCGAUGGCGUAUUCCUGCACCAGCAAAAGGAAAAGCCAGCCGGCCGAUGGGGAGGGGAAAGCACCCCUUAAUGGGAGCGUGCCGGGGAAAAAACAGCAGGGGAUCAAAACAGCCGAGGCAGAGGAGGACGCCAAAGGCGGUAAAUUUGCUACUGUGUCUUCAAGGGACAGUCAACACCUCAGCACUUUUAACCUGGAGAGAACUGCCUUCCGCAAGGACAGCCAAAGAUGGUACGUGGCCACUGAGGGGGUUGUGGCUGAAAAAGCUGGAUUGGAAGCAGCACCAGGCAUCACCUUUCCCAGAGCUUCUGGUGUGGGGAGCAGGGACGCCGAAGGGAAGGAUGACGGGGCUCCCGAGGGAGAAGCCAUCGAGGUUUCAGGACUGGCCCCGCGGGACCACUUCUUAACGGACGUCACCUGUGUGUCUUCCGCCAAAGACUUAGGUAACCCGGAGGAUGCCGACCCUUCCGGCUGUGACCGUCCCGCCAAGCUCCCCGAAGCAGAGGAGGGCGUGGGCCGCCUGUGUGACUACCACUUGGCCAAGCGGAUGUCGUCGUUGCAAAGUGAGGGCCAUUUUUCUCUCCAGAGCUCUCAAGGCUCCUCGGUGGACGCAGGCUGCGGCACGGGCAGCAGCAGCAGCACGUGCGCCACUCCGGUGGAGUCCCCCCUCUGCCCCUCGCUGGGGAAGCACCUGAUGGCCGAGGCCUCCGGGAAAGGCGUGACUUACCUUCCCUCCGAGGAGAGAGCCCCCGGGCUGCCCAACCAUGGGGCCACCUUUAAGGAAUUACACCCACAGACAGAAGGGAUGUGUCCGCGGAUGACGGUGCCUGCCCUGCACACAGCCAUUAAUGCCGAACCCCUGUUUGGCACUCUGAGAGACGGAUGUCACCGACUCCCCAAGAUUAAGGAAACCACAGCUUUGACAGAGCCUGGGAAGGAGAGACGAGGAGGCAUGCCUUCAGCUUGGUCUCAAUAUCCUGAAGCUGAUCCCACCCUGCUACCAUCAAACAUUCACUCGGAAUCAAAGGUGCCAAUUCCAAAUCAAGACCCUAACGAUUUCUCCCAAGCAAACCAGGCCUAUGGAGAGGCUGUGAGCUGGUGGCCACUGGAUCUGAGAAGGGGGAGCCUCAUGACAUCCCCCAGCCACAGGGCUCUGAGACGGAGCAGCAGUAUCCUCUCAGGAUCUGUCAGUUUGGAGACCUUCCGGGAGAGAAGCCAGGGUGCGGUCAGCUUAAAGUGUCCAGGUAUCACAGAAGCACAGGAGACCAAUUCCGAAAGGCGAGCAGAACUCCCCCUAGGGAAGAAGCUCACCAAAAGUUUUUCCCAAAGCUCGAUGCACUUUAGCUCUGAGGGGAAAGUUCACAAAAGGUCCCCGGCGGCUCACAAGGACUCAAAGCUCUAUAGGACAUUGCCCUUGCGGAAGCUGGAAGGCAGCCAUUGGAGAUGCCGGGGACCUUUCAGCUACUGCUUCCUGAACCGAGGGCAGGAUGAAGACGAUGAUGAGGAUGAAGAGGAGGGAGAGGCCACCCACCAAGUCUCUUGCCUCUUUCGACCACAGGUGACUCAAGCCGUGCCAGACCCAACCAGCCCACCCCUGGCUGUUGGAAUUCAGAAGCAAGGAGGAGAGCUGUCCAGAGGUUCAGUGCUGAAGGUCUGGGCCGAAGACUUGAGUGGCCCAGAUGAUGUGGACUUCAGCAACCUAGCAUUUGAUGCCCGGAUUGCAAGGAUAAAUGCCCUUAAGGAGAGCACAUAUACAAUGCCCGAUGGGUUCCUCGCAGCCCAAAAUGAUGCCAAUGAGCUGCUCUGCCUUGUCAGGGCAACCAAGGGGAAGAAAGAGGAGUCACGCCCCGAAGCAUAUGACCUAACACUUUCUCAGUACAAGCAGCUGUUAUCCAUUGAGUCCAGACAGUUGGGAAGUGCCUGUCGGAAAAUGGCAAUGGCUGAGAAAAGCCCAGAAGAGAUGCUCCUAGCUAUGACUUCCAGCUUUCAAGUGCUCUGUUGCCUAACAGAAGCCUGCAUGCGAUUAGUUAAAGUCGUGAACUCCGAAACACAGCGGCAGGAAAUAGUAGCGAAGAUUGAUGAAGUGGUCAUAAACUACAUCUGUCUCCUGAAAGCUGCUGAGGCAGCCACUGGAAAGACCACUGGUGAUCCCAAUGUUGGACUCUCGAUGCGACAUUCAACCACCAUGGCCGCUCUCGUAAGCACACUAACACGUUCUCUCAAGAUGCUUUUAAAUAAAUAAAGUAUGAAAGUCACGUCAUAAUCUACCUUUGCAAAGCCAUACAUGAACUUUUAUUUACUUUAUGUGUACGAUGAACAGAUGUCUCCUUUCUUCUCUCUGUAUAUUUUGUUAUUUUCUAUGAAAUAGGAGAUAAAAGUCACAUUGAUGAAAAGUUGAAAUGUACUAAUCCAGAUGUAUUCUGUUUAUAUUAUACAUAUAUAGACAUGUAAAAGAAAUAUACAAGAAAGUGGUGACAUUUGGCUAUUUUUCAUAUAGUCGAAACUCCAGGUGUGUGAUGUGAAAUUUUAAUUUCUACUGUGUUGGAGCAAAACAAUGAAUCCUAUCCCCUUUCCUUCCAAGCUGAUACUUGGAGACCAUAUCAUUCAUAUUUAGAAGUAAAAAAGAAAAGGAAAGAAAAAUCACAAUGUAUAUAAAACAGUACUUAUGUUUUAAAGCUAUGAUUUUUAAGCAUUGGAAAUAGCAAAAAGACAUUUAAAAUUCAAAAAGCUAUUAUGAAUUAUUAGAGAAUAUAUAUAAUAAAUUAAUUUUUGCUCAUAGUGUUUGGUUAUCUGAUGCUUUUUUCCAAGAAUCCUACAUAUUUCAUUUUGGCUUAUGCCAUUUGGGCUAGAAUUGGGGUGGGAAUGGAUUCUAUUGUGUCAACACAAAUGCUCUUCAUGAUGUUUCUAGAAUGAAUGUACUUCCCAAAUAGAACAACAGAGGAAACGAUGGGCAGGUUUCUGGAUAAUACCUACUUAUAGACUAAUUACGGAAAGUGAAAGUAAUUCAGAAUACCAAAAUUAAAUUGUUUGAUGAAAAGAAAGCUCUGCUUUGACUCAGUGUCAAAAUAUACAAACCAAAGACAUAACCUCUCUGCCCACCAUUUCAGCCAUGAAACAUAGGAUUCCCUUCAGAGUGACAGAGCAUUUAGAGAAGUAUUUGCAAAAUUACAAAAAGGAACAGAAAAUGAUCCUCACAAGUAAAUGCAGGUCCGGUAAUGUGAAGCAGACCACACACCAGGCUAUGAGUCACAUCGCAGAUCACAGCUCUCAGCAAAGAGCUUCAUGCAUCCCCUCUGCAGGAGCCCAUGCUUCCAACCAAAUUUGCAAUGCCAGCCUAACACUGGGACAAAGUUUUGAAUCUGGAAUGUUACAGAAAAAUCAGGGAAAGAUAGUUACUCUAAUAUGGAAGCCAUACUUAAAUAAAUAAUGAAGUAUUUAUGAAAUGUUCUAGUCUGGAUUGGCUGAUAGAAAUAUGUAAGCUGGGAGAGAAAAAAAUGAGUGGUAAACUUGACCGCUUUAAGUGAACCUGAUGGAAUGCAAAGAAGUUUUCAGAACCAUCGUCUCUCUAAAAAUGUAUCUUUGGGUCAAAGCAAAAGGAUGCAAAUUCUGCAGUUGUAAAAUAAAGUUGAUAAUGUACAUAUGUA